UCCUGGUUGCUGUAUGAAUGAUUAAUUUUGUUGUGAUAAGUGUGUAUAAGUUUGUCAUAUCAUGCAGCUCCUUAAUAUACUGCCUGUUAAAGAAAUGUUUCGCCUUGUGUGUAUGGUGAUUAUUUUUGUUGACAUUUCAGCUGCAGUUUCAACCUGUGAUAAAACCGUAAACAUAAACAGCUCUGUGACAGCCAUAGACCUAAAAGACACAGUGAAGCCAAAUAUAUGCACUUGGACUCUAGAGUCACCUAGCAAUACAACAAUAGUUGUCAAGAUAAUUGACAUUCAGUUACGGGGAGGCUUGGAUAGAGUUAUUGCCCUUGAUGGACCAGAUGAAAAUUCAUCAUUGAUUCAGCAGUGUGGUUUAAACUGUAACUUGAAAGGUUCAUUUUUGAUUUCCAGCAAGAACCAAAUGUUGAUACAGACAUACCUUGAUGGCAAUGAAGAUAUAAGAAUAUUCAGUGUACAAGCCUGGGCACAAGAUAAUGGUGGACGAUUUUAUAACAACGGAUAUAUAACCUUAAAAAAUAGUACAGACAAUUCUUCAUACUACCAGCUUCACAGUACCAUAAAGAAUCCUGAUGAAAAACUACAGGUCCAGCUAAUACUGAAUGACAGUUUGAUGUACCCUACUUCCACUGUUAAGGUUUAUGAUGGGAUAUCAGAUCAGGAUCCAUUGCUGGCAAAUUUCAGGACUAAGGAACAGUUUGUUCCCAUUACAUCUAGCCAGCAGGAUUUAUUGAUUGUCACAGAAGGCUUCAAUGACCAGUUACUUUACUUUGGUGGCAGUUUUGACUCUAUAAAGCCAGAUUGUCAUAAAGUAUCAUCUGGAUCAGCAGGUUCAUUUUCAUUGGACAGAAAGAAUUUCAUGACAGAAUGUGAUUGGUUAAUAAAUCCCACAAUGUCAUCAGGUAAUAUCAUACUGGACUUACCUUCUGUUGAUUUGUGUGACAAUGAGAUGUUAGUUAUCUAUGAAGGUUUGUCAUCCUUUGGUCAGAAACUUGGAACCAUUACCAAGAAAACACAGUUGUCCAGUUAUCCCUUGUUUACAGCAACAGCUGCCAAUGGAUUGAGCAUAUUUUUAAACAGACCGACAUCCAAUUCUACAUGUAUAACAACUCCUUUCUCUGGUUCUUAUUGGACAGUUCCAGUUUGCUCUGAAGAUCUGCAGCCUUCUGGUAUGCUCACAAGUCCAUUGUAUCCAAGUCAGUAUCCUCUGAAUUAUGUCUGCAAGUGGAAUGUGAAACCAGUUAACAAGACAACAUCACUGUAUAUAGCCUUCAACACUCUAGAUAUGAGUGGUGCGACUACAAUCAAUGUUGAUGUCAAAUCUAAGCAAGUUGCCAAUUACACAGGAAGUGAAUUGCCAUUAUCUGCCUUUGUUACUGAGGUUACUAGUAAUACUUCAGCCUCCAUUGUGUUUGACUCUAAUACUGGUAAUCUUGGAACUGGGAUAGAAAUUCCAGGACAAGGAUUUAACCUGUCUUACAGGAUACUGGACUGUGGUGCUAGUUUGAACGCAAAGAAUGGAACACUGAGUAGUUUAACAGAUAUUCCAACAAAUGCUAUGGAAUGUAUAUGGGUGAUAACUGUGCCUCCUAAAACAGGAAAAACUGGAGUAAAUAUUGUUUCUUUCAAUGUCGACAUUAAAGGAGUUGCUAAAUGGCAGAACUUAGAGUUGCGAGAUGGUGGAAGAGCAACAUCACCUCUGCUGAAUCAUGAUCUCUCUAUGACAAAGUCUUUAUCCUUUCUAACCAGAUAUAACAUGCUAUGGAUCCACUACAGGAGAAAUACCACAGGGGACGUCAUCAUGUCGGACACCAAUUUCUCAUUCAAUUUGUAUUUCAAAACACACAGCUGUGACAGUAAGCACCAGUGUAGAAAUGGUGUAUGUUUACAUCCUGACUGGAAAUGUAAUGGCGUGGAUGAUUGUGGUGACAAUACAGAUGAGGCAGACUGUAUCUCAUCUUCUAAAGAUAAGGGAGUGAAAGUAUGGUUGACAGCUGUCUUGUGCAGCAUCUGUUUUCUGAUUGGAGUUGUCUUGGCGAUAGUACUACCAGCCCUCUAUAAAAGGUGUAAAUAUCCUAACUACAACCAGCUUAAAGAUAUCAUGGAUCCUUCCAUCUCAUAAAUUGUUGUUCCUAUGGAGAUACUUGUUGGACAACAGUCACUAAGAUAAUAUUCUUGUUAUAAAUGUACUGUUUUGAGAAAAAAUGGGACGGAAAAUCAGCACUGUGGUGAAUUUGCUUUGAAAAUAAACUAACGUGUGUAAAUGAGCUGUCUAUAGAAGCAACAUGAGGUUACUUCUAAGCAUAUAUAUAGAAUAAUGGCAUUUUUGUUUUUGAUACUGACUUUAUCAGCAAGAAUAUCAAGCAAGCUUGUUAGGGCGAGCUGAUAUUCUAGCUGAUGAAGUCAGUAUAAAAAAAUAUGCUAUAGAAAAAUAUAAGGCAAAAUGAUCAAACGGAAAAUGUACAAAUUGCUGAUAAAUAUGUAUGUUUUAUUUGUAAUGGGGGAACAUAUCUUACUUUGAGGGUUUUUUCACUGAUAUUUUUUGUGAAAAAGGGGAGAUAAUACAAAUUCAAAACAUUUUCCAUUGCCUGUUGCAAAUACAUUAUAAGUAUGUCUGAUAAGUCCAAUGCUUAUUUUUGAUAAAUUAUGUAAAACUUAUGUUGCUUCUCAGCAGGUUUUUAUUAUCAGAUUUACCUUGUUUAUUGUUAAAGUUAAGAUUCUAUUUGUUUGUACUUUUGGUAUUCUACAUUGCUGAUGAGUAAAGACAAGUUUGUUGUAAAUAUGUUACGAUUCGGGUUGUCAAGUUUUGAAAUAUAAACGUUUUUUAACCGCAAAUUUAAAAAAAAAUUUUAGUAUUGUUUAUAUAAGUCUCUAUAAUUAACGUUUUAGUUUGUGUCAGUUUUUUACCUUGACUUCAUAAGAAAAAAAUCCUGUUUUGGUAUUUUCAACAUACACUCUAGGUAUUUCUAAGGUAUUUAAGUGUAUGUUCCUAGCAUAAUAUUUGGUCCACAUGAUUUAUGUGUCCAGUAUAACACUUUGUAACUUCUUGAAUUUACUGUUCAGUGUUGUUUGAAGUUAAUUUACUGUUCAGUGUUGUUUGAAGUUUCCUAGGUGACAGACGGCAGUUGUAUCAUGCUGAAUUUUUCUGUAUUUAUUUUUUUGUCACAGGGAUAUAUAUUAUUUGAUAAUUUAAAUCAUUCUGCAUAUUCCAGCAAAACUACUUUAAUAUUAUAAGAAUAAUUAGCAGUUGCAAUAAAAU